CAUAUCUGAUGGUAGGCAUCUAUUUUGGCUAGAGACAUAUCCAAUAAAUCGUCAUAGUUUCUUGCAUUAGUGAUGUGUUUUUCUGUUGUUGUGUUCCUGCUGUUUUCAGCUAUUUAAUCUUAAGUCUUUAGUCAUAUACCGUCACCGAGUCUGGCCAGCUUGUGGUACAACUGAAUGGUGAAAGCUUGUAUUUGUCCUUCUCUUGCGUGUGAAAGACUAUGAGUAAAGAGUCCAGAAUGAGGGCCACAGUGAACCAGAAGCUAACAGAGAUGGGCGAACGAGAGCGGCUGAAGGAGUUGCUGAGGGCUAAACUCACUGAGUGUGGAUGGAAGGACCAGAUGAAAGCUCACUGCAAAGAAGUAAUCAAAGACAAAGGCUUGGAGCACGUGACUGUGGAGGACCUGGUGGUAGAGAUCACUCCUAAAGGAAGAGCCUUGGUGCCAGACAGUGUCAAGAAAGAGCUUCUCCACAGAAUAAGAGCCUUCUUAGCUCAGCAUGCCACAUAAUUUAGAUUUGUACCAUUUCCUUAGACCACUUGCCUGUGAUAUGGAUAUUGAAUUUUAAAGAGGUCUUCUUGAGUUUUCCGAGCCGUACCGACACACACUUCACACACUUUGCUGCUUGGUUGUGUGGCUACUAAUUCUGUGAUGUACAACAUAUUUGUUAAUGCACGUACCUUGCACAUGUAGUUGUCCUUUGUAUAAGAGAUAUGCUGUAUAAUAAAGUGUUUUGGUUUAUUCAACAACAAUCA